AUGGCUACUGUACGCAAAACUCGCCACAGCAAAGAGUCCCUGCUGUGGCGUCUCCCCACCGAGAUCCUGAUCGACAUCAUGAAGUACUCCCCGAACUUCUCAUGUCUCUGGAGCCUCAUCAAUGCUUCCCAACGUUUCCACGCGAUAUUCAUGGGGGCGGCACAGGAAAUUGUCGAAGCGGUCAUGUCAGAUGUGCCUGCCUGCAUCCAGGCCCUCAUGCGCUUAGUAGUCACUGCCCGCACGGCUCCAGGCUCGUACACUGACAUCAAGGAUGUCAUCAAGCACAUGAGCAGGCAAAAGCCCUACCAACCCUGGCAGACUCAGGAUCCGCAGUUUAUGCAUAGUUUCGUGGGACUGGCACAUACCACGCAUAGCGUCGCACAUGCCUGCUUAGACUACUACGUCGAGCGAUCCCUGGCCAUGAAGCCACAGUGCCUGAACAGCAGUCACCUCGAGACCCUUUUCACACCGCAAAGCUUGCUAUACUCUAAACAACAGUCACAAGGCCAGCCGUACCGACCCAAGAAGACCGGGCCGGCAACGUAUGUAGAAGAGCAGAGAGUUCUCAGAUUGCUCUGGCGGCUACAGACAAUCUUCACUCUGAGGUUCGUUGCGAGUGAAUUGACCCAUUGGCCGGAAGAGGAUCGCACCCGUCUGUUAACGACGGACAUGUAUAGCAUGUUGUACUUGUUUCACAACUCCUCGUCUCGUUGUAUAUGGAGCCCCGUGUGGGAGAGCGAGCAAUACCUCACCGUGAUCGAAUAUCUAAACCAGGUGAAUUUGAUGACGAGCUCACAAACACUAACGGAGAAUUCACUGGCAAACUUCCUGCUGCAGCCCUUUCCGGGCAUGGAGCACAAGGCCUAUCACUCACACUGCUUCCCUCCCCCGCCUCCACCAUCACAAAAGGUUCCCCCCGGACUCGAAAGGUACGUCGAUAUCAACUACGAAAUCGAAGAGAUCCCAGUAGGAUACGACUUCUAUAAGACGGUGACUACAGAUGCCAAGAAAUCCCCUUUGCAAAACGUCCCCUUUGCGCCGUAUCGCAGAUAUGGCUUUGCUAUCUGGGACGUUAAUAGACUCACCGACAUGGGGUUUUUGGUGUCUCAAGACGGGAUGUAUGGGUUGAUGGAACAGUAUAAGCUUUACUUUACGUGGCGGAGUAUUCUCACGCCAGAAGAGGAUGCUCAGGGUGUUGUUAUCUUACCGCGUUUCACCGAGCAGAAAAUGGGACUUCUUUCUGCGCCGGAGUUCAAGUAUCUUCUUCGUUAA